GGGCGGCAGGCGGCGCGGCUGCAUCGCCGCGGGGAGGGCCACGCGGGGGGCCUUCUGCAGCCGCGUCUCCGCCGCUCCCCUCGCCGUCCCUGGGGCGCUGUGCGGCUCCCGUCCGGGACCGAAGCCGCCGGCCGUCGCGGGCGGCCGGAUCCGCGUCCCGCCUCAGCGCCGGGAGGACAUGCGGGAGAGAGAAUGAGCCAGAGGGACACGCUGGUGCAUCUGUUUGCCGGGGGAUGUGGUGGUACAGUGGGAGCUAUUCUGACAUGUCCACUCGAAGUUGUAAAAACGCGGCUGCAGUCAUCUUCUGUGACACUUUAUAUCUCUGAAGUUCAGCUGAACACCAUGGCGGGAGCCAGUGUCAACCGAGUAGUGUCUCCUGGACCUCUCCAUUGCCUAAAGGUGAUCUUGGAAAAAGAAGGACCUCGUUCCUUGUUUAGAGGAUUAGGCCCUAAUAUAGUAGGGGUGGCCCCUUCCAGAGCAAUAUACUUUGCUGCUUAUUCAAACUGCAAGGAAAAGUUGAAUGGUGUAUUUGAUCCUGAUUCUACCCAGGUACACAUGAUUUCAGCUGCAAUGGCAGGUUUCACCGCAAUCACGGCGACCAACCCCAUUUGGCUUAUCAAGACUCGGUUACAGCUUGAUGCGAGGAACCGUGGGGAAAAGCGAAUGGGGGCUUUUGAAUGUGUUCGUAAAGUGUAUCAGACAGAUGGACUUAGAGGAUUUUAUAGGGGCAUGUCGGCUUCAUAUGCUGGCAUAUCAGAGACUGUUAUCCAUUUUGUUAUUUAUGAAAGUAUUAAGCAAAAACUACUGGAAUAUAAGACUCCUUCUACAAUGGAAAAUGAUGAAGAGUCUGUAAAAGAAGCUUCAGAUUUUGUGGGAAUGAUGCUAGCUGCUGCCACCUCAAAAACGUGUGCCACAACUAUAGCGUAUCCACAUGAAGUUGUAAGAACAAGACUACGUGAAGAGGGAACAAAAUACAGAUCUUUUUUUCAGACAGUAUCUUUGGUUGUUCAAGAAGAAGGUUAUGGGUCUCUUUACCGUGGUCUAACAACUCAUCUGGUGAGACAGAUUCCAAACACAGCCAUUAUGAUGGCCACCUAUGAAUUGGUGGUCUACCUCCUCAAUGGAUAGCAUCAUUGGGCUGCUGUACUAUAAAAAGAGAAGACCAAAAGAUGACAGUGGACCAUGGAGUAUCGAAGCCAGGAUGGUGGACAGAAGAAAAAUAGUUGGGAACGUGUAACUAUGCCUAGGUGGAAGUUUGGUUGUAGGAAUUAAUCAUAACCACAUUACUUGGUCUUUUCAGUAAUGUGAAAAAAAUCUCAGCUGCCUCCAAGAAAAAGCUUUCAGAAGCACUCCUUCCUCAAAAUUGCCAUUUUCUCUACCAUGUCCAUGGGACACAAGUUGCAUUUUGUUGAUUUAUGGCAGUCAGAGUAUAGUGUUUAUUUCAUGAGCGCUUUUCCAGUCUUCUAAACAAAGCUAUCCCUAAUUAUAUACUAUACUGUAACUAUCCAAAGAUAGUAUUGAAAGUCAUAAAUUUCUGACUUCUGGCUUCUAAUUCAUGUAAAAUUGUAAAAUAACAAAAUAAUAGUGAGAUCCUCAGUAUUCAUCUUUCCUUGAGAGGGUCUGGCACAAUAUUUUAAUUAUUUGGCAUUAGUAGUCAAUGUUUUUGACAACCAAUGAAAUAGUGUCUAAAUAUCGUGUAUAUAUCUGGCUUUAAAAUGUUUUGGUUUUCGCUGACAGAUGCUUGAUGUUUAGCAUAAUGUGGACACUCACGUUGUUAACAUAUCAAACUCAAAUUGUAAUUGUUUGGGACAAAAUAAACCAGUAAAAUAUUGAUUCUUGGUCGUUUCAGUAACUUGAGCAUGUCUUCAUGUCUUUUCUAACAUGAUACAUGAAUGCACUUGAUUUUUGGCAAUUUAUUAGUUAUGAACUUGAAUUAUCAUGUGUCAUACCCAGGUAUCAUUUUCUUAAAGUGGAAAAAAUUUACCACUUCUGAAUCUUUCUCUAUUUGCUUUCACAUUAAGAAUUUGAAUCUUUGAAUUAUUUCUGGAAGAUCUAUAUAGAUUGCAUUUGUUUUGUAGAGAAAAUGGUGAUUUUUAGCUUUACCAUUGCAAGUUUUGGGGUUUUUUUUUUUUUUAAGGCAACAUAAAUAUCUGGGGCAAUAUGAACUUUAUAGAAGAGGGCCCUCUGCAGUCUGAUUGAGCUGGUAGUGAUCUUAAUUGACUUCAAGUUUUGUAAAUGAACAAACCGCGUUUGACAAGAAAUUUAUUCUGUCCCAAUUUCUUGAAUGGUAACUCAUAGAAAGAGUCAAGUUAAUUCAGAUUAAGUGUGCUAACAGGAUAUAGCUUUUACAUUUUGCUAUUGAGUUCAGCUGCACCUUUUAAUUCUUUAAAUGUAUUCUGUAUGGCCUUAUAUUGUAAAGAUGUUUGCUGUAACUGUGGAGACUUUUGCUUGUGGGUGUUGCUGUACUAGUGUAUAAAACUUCUGCAGUUAAGCUCCAGCGUGGUACUCACUUCAGUAUACAUGAGCGUACGUUUUGUGCAAUGGCUCUAUCUUGAGAAUGACUCUUUGUGGAUGCACUGUGUGGCCUUUUUUGGGGGAUGAGAGUAGAGAGAACUCCGUGUUAAGAUGAUUUUUUUCAAACAUUGGUCAUGUAUUAGGCAGAAAUAGUGUUCAUAACAUUUUUCUGGGUUUUAGAUAUGUUGUUUUGGAGAUCUUUAAUAUAAAUGUUUUAAGUAUUCUACGUACACUGUAGUGCCCCUAACGUAGAAAAUUGUAGCAUGUCAUUGCAAGUUUUUUAUGGUGUCACCGAAAAAACAUAGCGCCCUCUUAAAUUCCUCCACCUGCUUCACUUCCUGAAAAUCAACAGUAGCUGGAUGUUUUUGAGGUGCUUCAGUUGGAAUUAAAAAUAUUCCAACCUAUAUGGAGACCAAAGGCAAAUUUAGUUUCAUUACCUUUGGAAUUAUUCAUACCUUUUAUGGUGAACUUCAGCUUUGAUAUUUAUUGUGAGGAACAUGCCAAAAAGACAAUAACAGGGGUUUCUAACUCAAAUCUGUAGAGCAAGUCUCAAUGUAGCGUGUUUGGCUUUUCAGGUGCCACUUAUACUGCCUAAUACAGUGCCAUUUGCCUUGUGAAGAUUCGUAAACGUUAGCUGUGUUGAAUGUAGGACAGAGACUCUCCCUAAUCUUAGUGAUCUCAGUACUCCACGAAUGACUAAAGAUGAUACGAAAACCAGCAGCUAAGGAACAUUUUAUUAUUUAGUUCUAGCAAAUUAUAACAAGUGUCCUUCAAGGAUGAAGAUGUAUUCUAUUCUUAUUUGUAUUUAGCAAGUAAAAUUUAACGUUGACCUUUAGUGCAUUACAUUCAGCUUUUAAAAGUGAGUAUUCUGUAUGUAGUAGAAGGAAAAGACCUUAGAGUCUUAGACUUUCUUUGUGCAACAACUGGAAAGGAGCGAUGAAGUUGAAGUUUUUUUUUUUUCCCAAAGCACAAUCUGCUGUAGUUUACUUUAUGUAUGACGAGAUAAUUUAAAAAAGAAAACUAUAUGUAAAAGUUGUAUAUAAAGUUUAUCUCUGAAACAUUUCUUUGGACAUUUUUUUGUAAUUGAUGCAAAUGUUUAAAAGGAAAACACAUACUGAAAGCAUUGGACUUUUUUUUAAACUGUGUUUUGUUUUUAUCUGUUUUCAUCAGAUAACUUUUUAUUUCUAGUGUAGAGGGAGUCAGCAUUCUUCAGAUUGGUAUGAACUUUUAUUAUAGAAUCUUCCCAGAAAAUUGCAUUGCACUUAUUCAGGUUAAAGCAGUAGAUACUGAAAGAGCAUACUCUCACAGAGCAGCAGAUAGAACUCUAGUACCUGUGGUUUAUAGAAACAGUUUCCUAAAUUUCAGAGUCUAAAUCUGAGAAUUACCAACCCUGUGAUUGUGGGAUACCAUAUAGCGCUUUUAAAUCCAGGAAAAAACUUAUCACCAAAGCUUUGUCUUAAUUUUCGUUAUGUAUGUAACUUAGUGGAACCACCCUUACUAGAUGGGGCCCACAAGUGACUGAAUUUGUAACUUUGAAACCAAGAUAGAAAUUAGAUUAUUUAACCCAGCCUUUGUCUCCUUAAGCCUAAUGCCCAUUGUGGAAUAGCAUUAUUGUAUUAGGACCAGCAGAGUUUGGGUGGUUAAAAAUAGAGUGUUUACUCUUUUACUAGAGUGUAAACAUGUCAGCAUUUUUAGAUUUGUUUUAAAUCAGAAGAAUUUUUAUUUGACCUUGAAGACUUUAAGUGCUAGAGAUCAGUCUAUCCUUAAUUCUCCCAGCAUCGUUCAUGCUUGUCUUUUGUUGUUUCCAUGCUCUUCUGCCCAGACUCUUAGUACUAUAGGGACCCCCUUUGGGCUGAUAAAUAUAGUAGUUCAACCUUUUUCUCCUCGGAUAUUGUUCAUGACUUUAACAUUCCUAAGAAUAUAGAUAUUUCUGAAUGAUUUAAAUUAGGGAGGAAUUUUAAUUAUAUAAAAGUGUUUAAUAUAAUGUACUAACUUUCUCUCCACUCAGAUCUCUUCUCCAUCAUGCCCUUAUAUUUCUCGUUAAUCUAUACACUGCUUUUUAUGCUUACUCUGUUUAGAAACUGAGAAUUCUAGUUUCGCUCAGUUUUUGUGUUAAAUGUUUUGAAUGUGUACCCCUGCAUAUGUGAACAAUUAAAUUAUGACCUCAGUCGUAGCUAAAUAAUCAACUUCAAAAAGUUGACAUCUUUUGACCAUUUGUAUGAGGUUUGCUAUUAUUGCCUUUCUGUACAUGGCUGUACAUUAUGUGCAUUUACUCUGUAUUUAUGUUAACUAGCUGAAUUUUAUUUGAAUUGUUAAAAUUCAAAAAAAUUAAAAUAUGCUUAUGAAAA